GUUUCGACCUUCUUACCGAUUGAAAGAAAAACGUCAACAUUGGACCAUGUUUGCUCUCAUCUUGACUAUUUUAUCCGUCUCGUUUGCAGUUGGUCAAUCGCAUGCCUCGGAUGCCGGUGCCUCACUUGGAGUUUUGUUAGAAAGAAUAAACAAACUGGAAGAACUUUUGAACGAUAUUCCCAUUGCAAAUCUUCAAGAUAAAGGUCUGUGCCACGUGAGUUAUCAAUUCAAAUGCUUUACCAUUCUCACCUUUGACUCUCAAAUUACGAGAGCGGAAGGGGAAAAAGCAUGUUGGGGACUUGGAGCAAGAUUAGGAAACGUUUACAGCAAGGAACACAAGAAGAUGAUCGAAGAUCACGUGAUUGCACUCGAAGUAGAUGCCAACUUGUGGCUUGGUAUGAGUGAAGUACCGGCAACCCAGGAAGUAUUUAUGUCGUUUGGAUCAAAAGUUCCAUACAACAUCGAUUGGCAUCCAGGUUGGCCUGCACUACAAAGUGACCGAACCCUUAUGGCUCUUGCAAUUCGUCCAAGCCCAGUAUCUACAAACAAAGGAUUCUUUAACGCCCAUGACCGCGACACCACUAAUGGUGUUCUUUGUGAAGUUUAGUCACGUUCACGUCACCACAUAUAAUUUCACGAUUUUAUUCUUUUUCUUGAUUCACCAGGAACAAAUUCAACAUUAGAAUUUUAAAAUAUGUUGGUUAGAAUUAUGUGUAAGUGUAACAUAACAUCCGUGUUAUACUUCAUUGGUUAUUGUGCUUCAACGAGAAAUUUAGAAUAAACUCAUAUCGUGCAGAA